CCUUAGUUUACGGUGGUGGGGCGCUCACUUCACGGCACAAAACAAUAAUGUAGUGACACAUUUUUGACAUUCUACGAACUAGUGAAUAAUUUUUAAUAUUGUUGGAGAUGUAUUUAAUAUUUCGUCGUAACAUCAAUGAGUCUGCAUUUCUGUGAUCCUCGUACAGUAUAUUUCGAUCUUCGUGUGAACCCUGGCGGAAUGUUUGCAACAAUUUCCAUUGUUCGAAGGGAUACGAUGAGAAGAAAAAUUAAUUAGGCAUUUUUUCGCGAUUAUGUAAGCCGAUAACGUUCGAAGCACCACAAAUACAUUUGCUAGUUUAUAGACCGAAUUUUCGCUGUGUGGAAAAUAACGACGAGUCGGGAAAAUCGGUGCACCGAAAAAAACAGUAAACAAGCCACCGAGUUUAAAUGCCCUCAACGUAAACACGAUUGGGUGCAAUGGACAGUUUGCACGUAACUUCCCAACAGACUGGAAGCAAGACUUCGAGCAGAAGUACAUCACCAUGCCGGCCUCGGGAGCACCACUCUCACCAUCCGCCUCAUCAUACCAAAACACUUAGUCACGGUUCCGACAGCGGAAAGUCCCAAGAUGGAGGAGUGACGACGCACUCGCACAGGCCUUCCAGACACCGCUCGCCGACGGCCAACACCAACAGGGCCGAAAUGGACGACUCGGCACACUCCUACGGCCUGGACGACACGCCUGGAACCGCCGCCGAGGCCGACACCUCGGACCUGUGUUACACGUCGCUCUUCUCGAACGGCAGCACCGAGCACGUCAAACCGGACGACGAGACGGACAACAUCGACCCUAAAAUUAGUGCCACGCUUGAACAGUUAUCGAAUAAAAUCGUGAGAGUGAGAGAUCUUAUCAAAACGGAGCAGAAGCUGAGGGACGACAAUGUCAACGAGUACCUUAAGCUGGCAGCUAACGCCGACAAGCAGCAAGUCCAACGCAUCAAAGCCGUCUUCGAGAAAAAGAAUCAAAAGAGCGCCCAGGUGAUAUCGCAGCUGCAGAAGAAGCUCGACACGUACCAGAAGCGCGUGCACGAGUUGGAGACCCGCGGCCUGGUGCAGAGCCACCGGCCCCCUCGAGAGGUCCUCCGCGACAUGGGUCAAGGACUAAAGAACGUGGGAGGAAAUAUUCGGGACGGGAUCACGGGAUUCAGCGGAUCCGUCAUGUCGAAACCGAGGGAGUUCGCCCACUUAAUUAAAAACAAGUUCGGGAGCGCGGAUAACAUCAGCCAGCUGUCGACGUGGUACAUAGGGCCCGGAGCGACCGGAUCCGAAGGUAGCGGUGCAAACGGCGGUACGGGAAGCGACCAAGGUGAAAAGGUGCAUCACGGUUCGGCGACUCUGCCGGCAACGUUGCACACGGCAACGUCGCAAACGUCGAUGGGACAACCACACCGACCCAAGUUUCCUAGUGACGAAGGAAGCGAAUGCAGCAGCGUGACCAGCGACAGCAUCGGAAGAUUCGGAGGACAAGAGAGCGGAUCCAAUCAGGAAUCGCUGAAGGCACUCUACAAACAACUCACCGCAAAACAGGAGGAGAUCGACGUGCUGAAGGAGAAGCUGGAUCAGAUGAAGUCGCUGCCGCAGGAGAUACAGUAUUUGAACGCGGCGUUGCAGGAGGAGCGCUUCCGCACCGAGCGCCUGGAAGAGCAAAUCAACGACUUAACCGAGCUCCACCAGAACGAAGUGGAGAAUUUGAAGCAAGCGAUGGCCGACAUGGAGGAGAAAGUGCAAUAUCAAAGCGAAGAACGACUCAGGGACAUUCACGAAAUAUUAGAGCACUGUCAGACUAAAAUACAAAAAAUGGAGCAUCAGGCUCUCCAGCAGCAGCAGUACGUGACGCUGGAAGGACUGGAUAAUUCGAAUGCUAGGGCUCUCGUUGUCAAAUUGAUAAAUAUCCUGCUCACUGUCCUCCAGGUCGUCCUCCUUCUAGUGGCGACGGGAGCCGGCAUCAUUAUGCCGUUUCUCCGUACCAGGGUGAGAAUUCUUACAACGGUGUUCAUAGUGUUAGCGACAGUUUUUAUCUUAAGACAAUGGCCAGAAGUACAAGACAUCGGUUCGCACGUGAUGAAGCGUCUGAAAGAUAUGUUAGAUCCCGUCAAAUAGCAUUUACCCUAUCCUUUUAGCGAAUGAACUCUCUAGUUUGCAAAAAUAUGGCAUUUGAUGAACGUCUACAUUAGACAUUACAAACGAGAUUAUUCCAAUAUAGAUGUACGCAGGCGGGCACACGGAAUUUGGACUCUGUGACCAAAUUCAAAACCCUCGAGACAAACACGAAAUUGUGAUAACGUGUUUGUGCUCGGACGCGCCCGACUCGUGCCGAGAUUGUAGUCGCUUUAACGCUGUUCACAAAUCAAAAUAUUUUGCAAACAAUGCUUGACUGAAUAGUCAGUGGAUUGUGAUUUUAGUUCAAUUCUGUAGGCGUUAAGUAUUCACUAUUGCGUUCUAAACAGGCGUUUUAUUUGCAAUUCGGGCGAUGUUGGAACGCAUUUUUAAACCGUUUUUUGUUAUCGAAAUGUAAGCUAGCGAAUUGCGAAUAUGUAAAUGAAUGCAAAUUGUUCGUCCAUUUUAGAAUAGGAACUGUCUUCUUUUAAACUUGUUUUCGUAUUUCAUAUUUUUCCGUAUCGACCCUGUAUUAUUUAUUCAGCAUAUUUAGAUGGCUUCACUAUAUUUAUAAAUUAUUUAAAUAGGUCAUCUUUAUAUUUUUGUCAUUUUAAAAUAAAGGUUUAUUUUUUCUGUUUUAGUUGUUUCUGUUUCCGUUUCUUUUUUCGUUCGUUCGUUUUAGUCAUGAGCGAUCUAGGUAAGUCGAGAAAUGGGGCGAUCGCAUUUGUGGACUUAUCGAGGUUACGUCAUAGUCCGCAAGAAAUGAGACUGCUGGGUGACCCCCGACUCGCUAAAACUUCGUCGCUUGCCGACAAUUUUGCAACUUUCAUAACCAAAUAAUAUCAAAACUUAGUGUAACAUUGUACUUAGAAUAAGAGGCAAGCGACGAAACAGCCUGUACAUUGAUCAACAAAGUGAUAACUUAUUAAAGUCAAUAGUUAGCGCAAUUGUGAUGUGCUUUAUCAUCCAAUAGGAGCAUUUGCUAGAAUUUCCAUCCGUCAUUGCAACAGAACGGUUUCCGAAGGACUGUCCACCGAAGGAAUGUUUUAAGUUAAUUUUUCCAAAUACUGUUAAAUAUAAUAAAAUUUAGUUAGGUAUUUUAAUUAAUGGGGCCAAAAUUCAAACCUGUCUGAAAAAGGGCGCUUUCAUUUCGAUUAAAUAAAUACAAAACGCUGUCACGUCACCCGAGACGAGAAAUCAAUGCAAUUAAACUUCUAAAAUCGCUUCAUUAGUGGUCCGGGUGGCGAACGCGUUUUGCGAUUUGCUCGUCGCCUCCAGCCAAUGAAAAUGUACCAUUCCGCUUUUUUAACCAAUGAAAGUUUUAGAAUGCGGCGCCACUUUUAACCAUCGAGGGUCCUAAAACCUUUUUAUCCAGCGAAAGUGCCCUUUGAACAUGCUCAAAGUCGCGCAUUAUUUAGUUUUCUCUACGUUUUUACAACUGCGAGAUAGUAAAACCAUGCAUUCAAUCAAACCAUCCAUAAUCUACUCCACUUAGUGAUGUUAGAGUUUUUAUAAGCCUUUUGAAAGUGCAACUGACGCUAACGUUUCAAUAAUAGGAAUUUAUAAAACGUUGUUAUACAGAAAAUAAUUAGUAAUAAACAAUGCAACGUUGAAUUUGUAAAGUGUUGUUGUUUUAUCGUUUGUAAAUGUGUACUACUUGUAACAUUGGUUUGGAUUUUGUAUAUAGCAAUUUUUUAAAUCAGGCACAGGUAUAUUUUUUAAACGUUUUUAUCAUUUUUAAUGAAUCUGUAGUGGAAGUAUGUGUUUUCUAGUCUAGCUGCGAGUAACAAUUUGAUGAUAUAGUAGGCAGAAAGUGAAAAUUUUUAAAAUACGAGAUGUCGACGUACACUGAUUCUGUUACCGCGCACGCCGGUUACUCGUUGACUCGUUGACGUCCAGUAUUUUAAUCAUCGCAAUACCUAAGUUAGGUGUACAUACAUGUAGAUAUUUUAAGCAUUAUUUAUGUAAAGUAAAUAAAUAAAGUCUCUGUGUUACACAAAA